AUGCUGGACAUCGGUCGAGGGUCUGGAGAAGGAGCUAUUUCCCUCGAAGCGUCGAUCAAGACUUGCAGCCGGACAAAACAAUGGAACGCAGCACUGCGGUUGCUCCGCGAAGGAGUUCGAAUAGGUGUGCAACUCGCCCAAAGCCAUUACGUUGCGACUGUCAGCGCAUGCAGAAAAAGCGGGCACUGGCAAUACGCGCUGUCGCUGCUCUACGAGAUGUGGAAGGCGAAGCUGGAGCACACUGUCGUCAGCUGCAGCGCUGGAAUCAGUGCGUGCGGGAAGGGUGAGCAGUGGCAGCCAGCGCUGGCGCUGUUGACCGAGAUGCGGGAGGCGAAGCUUGAGCCUGACGUCACCAGCUACAACGCUGGGAUCAGCGCGUGCGAGAAGGGUGAGCAGUGGCAGCCAGCGCUGGCGCUGUUGAGCGAGAUGUGGAAGGCGAAGCUGGGGCCUGACCUCAUGAGUUACAGCGCUGGGAUCAGCGCGUGCGGGAAGGGCGAGCAGUGGCAGCGGGCACAAGCGCUGCUGAGCGAGAUGCGGGAGGUGAAGCUGAAGCCUGACGUCAUCUUCAGCUACAGCGCUGGGAUCAGCGCGUGCGAGAAGGGCGAGCAGUGGCAGCGAGCUCUGGCGCUGCUGAGUGAGAUGCGGGAGGCGAAGCUGGAGCCCGACGGCAUCUCCUCCACUAUCGCAGGGAUCAGCGCGUGCCGGAAGUGCGCGCAGUGGCAGCGGGCUUUGGUGCUGCUCUGCGAGAUGCGGGAGGCGAAGUUGGAGCCAAACGUUACAUCUGCUACAGCGCUGGCAUCAGUGCGUGCGAGAAGGGCGAGCAGUGGCAGCCGGCGCUCGCGCUGUUGA